CACGAAGAUCCGGGUCAUAGGCAAACACAGUUUGAAGGAUGUCUUUACGAUAAGUGCCCAUCGUGUUUUAUAUUUGGUAAUGGAUGCAUAUUAUGAGUGGGGUUGCUUCGACGAAGAGGUGUCGUAUAAAUCCACUGAAGAGAUCCGUAAGGAGCCCAGUCCUCAGGUAAAACUGUCGAGGUUUCGUGUCGAUGAUCAGGACAGUGUCCGCUGCAGCAACUACUUUAUUUAACAGUCAGUGACAUCGGAACGUUAAAGAGCCGCAAUGACAUAUCCAAUUCUCUUGGUUUCCUUAUUGGUGGGAGUCUCCUCAGUAUAUGCCAAUCCUCAUCUGUACAAUCCCUAUUACAAUUUUUUCAGAUACAGUGAACCGUAUUACAACCUUAUAGGAAAUUAUGCAAAUCAAAUACCAAACUACACCCCAUAUAUACCCUUCUACAGUAAUCUUUUUGACCAGAGACUUCCCCAUCAGUUCUCCAACGUACUGCCGACAAUUAAUAUCCUUGCUGAAGCACCUUACUCAAUAGCCAACAAGUUUACGGUGGUUCCUAUGUUGGUGGUCUCGCAAGAAAACAUGCAAAUGGUCUCCAACGCAGAAAUAAUGAGCGUCUCCAAGACUAAACCAGUAAUGACCAUCAGAAAUGAAAACAACGAACUGAAACAGUGCACACCAGCAGUCAAGAUUGUACUUGACGUCCCAAUUAUCGUCUACAGUUUAAAAACCAGUGUUGUCUUUCCGUCCGAAAUUAAAAUUGUGCAUAAUGGUUACAACAUCCCGAUCAAGAUCGGAGCGGUCAUUGCACCUGUUAAACAGGACACCUUUGUAUCCAUAGACACACCCAUUAAAGUCAGUGAGGUCUACGGUAUUCCCACUGGACCAGUACAAUUAGAUUAUGUCAACAAUAAAGAUGCCAUUUUCGUUCCCGAAACAGAGGCAGUUGUGGUGGAGACUUCCGAGUUGGAAGAGCAACCACCUAAAAAUAUUACUAUCAUUGAAUUUCCGGAUAGAGUUGCAGAACCUGUAAUUGCAGUGGACGAAGAAGAUGAAGAAUUAGUGAACAGAAACCCACCUCAAGUUUUGGCUCCAGCAGGAAUUGUACAAUCUACCCAACCCCAUACUGUCGUUGAACCUUUCAUCAACUCGAAAGAGUCGUCAGUUUUAGUAGACUUAAGGGAAGAAUCGAAGAAACGAAGAAUAUUUAAGAAUUAAUAUGUACCACUUUAAUUUAAUUAAAUAAGUUUAAUAAU